AUGGCUCCAAUUCAGUCACAGGGUGCCGAUGUGGAGGUUUGCCCUGGCGACCCAUCAUUGCGCGAUGAUGGCGUCUCUAAGAAGCCAAUAACGGCCGAAGAGGCCAUGGAGAUUGCCAUCGGAGAAAGCAAUACAGUCGAGUAUACGAUCGAUUCGGAUAACUCGCCCUAUUUGGAAGUCCGGGCUAAUGUGCCCAACACUGAUGAUCCUACGCUACCUAUCAACACAUUUCGGAUGUGGUUCCUGGGGGUUGUAUUCACCUUGGUCGGCACGGGUGUCAACCAAUUCUUCUCGAUGCGUUAUCCGAGUGUUACCAUCACGUCCCUUGUGGCGCAGCUGGUCAGCUACCCUGUAGGGUGCUUUUUCGCAAAGGUACUGCCGAUUAAGAAGGUCCGCCUCUUCAAUCGGUGGGAUCUGGUCAUCAAUCCUGACCACCAUUUCAACAUCAAAGAGCAUGCUGUGAUCACCAUUAUGUCGAAUCUCAGUUUCAACCAGUCAUGGGCAAGUGCUAUCAUUCAAGCACAAAGAGUCUUCCUCAAUAUGCCAACCCCAGUUGGUUACCAAAUCUUGCUCGCUCUGUCUAUGCAGAUGUUCGGCCUUGGCCUGGCUGGACUAUCAUAUCGAUAUAUUAUUGAACCCCCGCAGAUGAUCUGGCCUUCGACGUUAGCCAAUGCUGCACUGUUUCAGACACUUCAUAGCGGCGCGAACCCGAUCGCUGAUGGAUGGAGGAUCUCUCGUUAUCGCUUUUUCUUGUAUGUCUUUAUUGGGAGCUUUUGCUGGUAUUGGCUCCCCGGCUAUAUUUUCACCGGACUAAGCACAUUCGCUUUCAUUUGCUGGGCCGCUCCAAACAACAAAGUACUUAACAAUUUGUUUGGAAUGACCACUGGACUUGGAUACCUUCCCACAACCUUUGACUGGAGCCAAAUUGCUUACAAUACCUCCCCCUUGGUCAUGCCAUUCUGGGCACAGGCAAACGUGUUCGCCGGCUGGUUCUGCGUUUAUGCAGUGAUUGCGCCAAUCCUAUACUACACCAACACAUGGUUCACUGCAUACCUCCCUCUGACCGGAUCUGAUGCGUACGACAAUACUGGCAACGUCUACAAUUCGAGCCGAAUUCUGGAUGCGAGCGGUGUCAUUGACGAAACCAAGUAUCGCGAAUACAGCCCGAUCUUUCUGCCUGUGACCUUUGCCCUGAGCUAUGGACUCGGGUUUGCUGUCCUCAGCUGUCUGAUCACCCACGUCCUGCUCUACCAUAGCAAGGAUAUCCUUAGCACAUUCAAGGGCAACAAUAAAAAGGAUAUCCACGCAAGACUGCUUUCCCGCUACCCCGAUGUUCCAUGGUGGUGGUUUGCAGUCCUGACGGUCAUCGUCGUGGCGGUAGCAAUCAUGACGCAGUAUAUCUGGCAUACAGGACUUCCAUUCUGGGGCCUCUUUAUCACUCUUGCCCUUGCGGCAAUCUAUGUGAUACCCGUGGGGACCGUCUAUGCCGUCGCUAAUCUGAACAGUAAUGUUCUGACUGUACUGGGAGAGAUUAUCUCGGGCUAUACGCUGAAAGGAAAGCCCCUUGUGCUUCUUAUAUUCAAGUUCUACGCAUACACCGGAUUGAGUCAAGCAAUGUACUAUGGUGCAGAUAUGAAGCUCGGAUUGUACAUGAAGAUUCCGCGUCGAACAUUAUUUGUUGCCCAACUCGUCGCAUGUAUACUUGGAACUCUGACCCAGAAUGGUGUUCUGAUAUGGAUGCUUGGCAACGUGAAGGAUGUAUGUUCAAGUGAUCAGCCUGACAACUUUACCUGCCCGCAAGGCCGAGUCAACUACAACAGUGCAAUCUUCUGGGGUGCCAUUGGGCCCGCACGACUAUAUAACAUCGGCCAGAGAUAUUCUGGUCUUUUGCACAUGUUUUGGAUAGGAGCAUCCCUUCCCAUCAUUACAUACUUUAUCCGGAAGAGAUUCCCGAAGUCACGGUUCGUCGAUGCAAUCCACUGGCCGAUCUUCUUUGCAGGCACUGGAAAUCUGCCACCAGCGGUCAUUAAAGGCCGUAGACCGCACUGGUGGGCCAAGUACAAUUACGUGUUGUCCGCUGCUCUCGACUCUGGUGUCGCUGUUGCCGCAAUUCUGAUAUUCUUCUCGCUGAUCUUUCCGGGAGUCAGCUUGAGUUGGUGGGGAAAUACCGUCAACAGCGGGACAGUUGAUGCAAAGGGGACACCCUGGAAAGAAUUGGGUCUGAAUGAGACGUUUGGCGAGAGGACUUGGUCAUGA